AUGGCACGGUCACUAUCUUUAAUUAAGUUGGUUCUGAGUAUUAUAGUAUUUUUAAGCUUGAUUGAAAGCGUAUUUCCGGCUGGUUAUUAUGACGAUGUACCUGACCGUGAUGCGGUAGGAUUUGUGAUGGUUUUCACAACCGCUUUCGUAUUCAUGAGUUUUAGCCUGGUCGGAAUUAUAUUUGUGUUUGUACGAAUAUAUAUAAAAUGGAGAGAUACACAGAAGACGCUGUCAAUAGCCUUGAGAGUUCCUCUUUAUCUGGGAGUUCUAAAUGCUAUAUUGUGGGUAGGAGAACUUGUUAACUUUAUGCAUCCAGUAAUUUAUCAUACGAAUUGGCCCGACCAAACAUGCAAGGUCAUGGCCGGCAUAUCAAUCGCCUUCACACUCUUGGAAAGGUUCAUGACCGCUUCAAUUGCUGUCGUUACAUAUUUGAGGGUGUGCCGAAGAAUUUAUUGGAAUUAUGGUAAAUAUGACUGGAAAUUGUGGUUUGUUUCCGGGGCGAUUGCGUUAUUAUUUACGAUCAUGGGAUCUUCCAAAUUUGGGCCCACGUAUUAUUGGUGUGGUGCUGCAAGAGGUGAAAUUUAUGUCGUAAUCGUUGGAUUGGGAGUUUCCGUGGUGGUACUACUGGUAGUCGUUUUUUGCUACUUCAAAACCAUAAUGGCAAUACGGGACGUCGUAAAGCAGGCCUCGACCGUCAAUGCAACUCCCAAAAACGGCAACAGCAGCGAUAGUCAUCUCAAUGGAAUUAAAGGUUCGAGAGAUCGUCGUCAAUCGGCCAUGGCGCAUUCUACCUCAGAUGACAUCCAGGCUAAAGUCACCAAAAAAGUCAUGGGUUAUAUCCUGGUAUUUAUUCUUCAAUGGUUUCCUAUAUUCCCCUAUGACAUUUAUGAAAUUUUGGACAAAGACGCAGCUUGGGUGUAUGCAUUAGUUGCGAUAUCAUUUAAUUUUGGGGGCAUUGGAAAUGCGAUCUGCUACGUGAUGAACGAAGGUUGGGGAAUCCACGGAAACAACUCUUCAAUGAUCGAGGGCAAUGAGGAUCACACGUCAAAUACCUCCGCUUCAUCUAACGUCGAAAGAUUUAAUAGCCAUGAGAAUGACGAUGAUCUCAUUAAUCCCAUACCUUUGCAAGAACGUUCGGUCGUGCUCGAGGUCAAAAAUGAUAAUCUAGCCAUUGUGUAA